CAUCAUCACGGAAAUAAUAAAGAAAUGGUCGUAGCAGUUUCGAAAUAUAAUUUAAUUGCUUUAGUUGAAUAAGUGAAAUGAUAAGAUGCAGAUGCACAAUGACGGUUACGAAAUGGUGAUUUCUGAGAGCGAAUCAGAGGAUCCAUACCAUGUAGAUGGCACCACGCCCCUCCUAAACAACAGCCUCAAUAAACAACCAAAGAAACGAGUCAAAUUCAAAAUGGACCAAACCUACGACUAUUCCGAAGUCUACCAGAGACUGCCUAUACGCACCUACGUGGCUUACGGCAUGGGGCACAUCCUCAAUGACGUUUGCGCCUCCAUGUGGUUCACUUAUCUUCUAGUUUUUCUGCAUUUGGUGCUGAAUUUCACCGACACUCAAGCCGGAGCUUUGCUGUUGGUCGGACAAGUGGCUGAUGCUUUAUCUACACCUUUUGUUGGCUAUUUUUCGGAUCAGGGCGAUAAUUUCUGGUUUUGUAGAUAUGGAAAACGAAAAACCUGGCAUCUAAUAGGAACCUUCUGCGUAAUCCUCACAUUCCCCUUCAUAUUUUCGCCGUGCGUCGAAUGCGAAGCUGCAGCAAAUUGGAGCAAAAUGAUCUACUAUUCGAUGUUCAUCAUAAUAUUCCAGUUUGGCUGGGCGGCGGUGCAAAUAUCCCAUUUGUCCUUGAUUCCGGAAAUCAGCCCCAACGAGCACGAUCGUACUCAACUGACCGCAGUUCGGUACGGAUUUACUGUCGUAGCCAACGUUUUGGUUUACGUGGUAACUUGGGCUGUGCUACAUUUAGGAGGCAACGACAACAAUAAAAUUAAUUUUACUGAUGCGGGAAAGUUUCAGGAUAUUGUGAUAAAUGUAAUGGCUUUUGGUGCCAUUUGCUCUCUAUUGUUUCACAUUUUUGUCAAGGAAACUAACAUUAACAAUCCUGGAUUGGAGGAUGUUAGAGGCACAAGAUUACGUACAGAUUUCAAGGAAUUAUUUUCCGAUAUUCAAUUAUAUCAAGUAGCGUUAACUUACAUGUGCUCUCGCUUAUUUAUUAAUUUGACUCAAGUUUUCAUUACGCUUUACCUACACGAAUCCCUCAAUAUGGUUGCAAGUUCGCUUGCUAUAGUGCCUUUAAUCAUGUACCUUGGCAGUUUGAUAACAUCGUUCAGCAUAGGAUACAUCAAUAAAACCCUAGGAAGAAAGCUGACUUACAUUUUUGGAGCUAUAAUUGGCUUAGCAGCUUGCCUCUUCAUACAUUGGGGCCAAGGAGAUUUGUAUAGCCAAUACCUUAUAUAUAUUGUAGCCACACUAUUAGGCUCUGCCAGCUCCAUUGUGCUAGUGUCUAGUUUAGGUAUAACAACCGACUUGAUUGGCACAAGGACUAAUUCAGGUGCUUUUGUAUACGGUAUAAUGAGCUUCGUGGAUAAACUAGCCAAUGGGGUAGUGGUGAUAAUUAUACAGGGGCAACACGAAGGCGAGCCCCAUUUAUGGUACUACAGGGACAUUUUGACGUACGUUUGUGGUGGUGCUGUUUUAUUAGGAGGCCUUGCUGUGAUAUUUUGGAGAAGGCCUCUACAUGUUGGAGAGACAACACAAGAAUUGUUGUUUGAGGAGGACGAAGGACACGAAACAAUCAACUAACUUUUUAAAUAAUUAUUUUUUUGUUUUUAUUUUAAGUUUCAAAGAUCUGAUUUACCUAUGUUAUGUUUUUUGUACGUAUUGUUCCUCUAGUCUUUAAACUUGUGUUGUAUAUAGAAAUAAGCAAUGUUAUUUUUGUAACUUAAAAAGUAUUAUUAGAUAGUAUUUAUUUGCAGAUAA